GAGCUAAGCUUAAAAUACCAAAACAUGAGUGCAGCAGCUGCUCCAGGUCCUGCUGGUCUUUUGCAAGCCGCCCUGUUGACCCCGAAAAACAUGGAUCAAACUUAAUUCUGUCCUAGUUAAGACCUUAAACUAAUUGGCUCACCGAUAUGGCUGCGAGGAAAAUCAUGUGGCCAUUCUUGUGGCAGCAGUCCUCCAGAGGUUAUUUCACCUCCGGUGUACUCAGGGCUUACCCGAGGCUCUCUCCUCAAGAGGUUACGGCGAUACUGCGCGUCAACGAGUACACACAGGAGUUUCAAGGCUUCAGUGUCAAAUCCUACGACAGCAACCAAUUGCCUUCAAACAACCCCAUUGAGGAUACGCGAGCCGAGGCCCGUUGCCUUCUUACACAAGGACUGCUUUUGGGAAUUUUUGACGGACAUGCUGGAGGUUCGUGUGCCCAAGUACUAUCCAAGCGUCUUUUCAAGUAUGUGGCUGCGUCGCUCCUCCAUCCAGAAGUGGUCCACAAAUAUUCCCAGGCGCCGACAGAUCUGAUUCAGUCGUUCAACGACAACUACGAACUCGCCAAGAUCCUGGAAGAGCUGUAUUCAAGCAGCUUCAAACAGUUCCUCACUGAUCUAGCCAAGCAGACAAGCGAAGUUGAUGCAAACAAGGCUCUCGAGAGGGCGUUUCUACGAAUCGAUCACGACAUGAGCCAGGAGGCUGAACCGACGGUGGCUGGACCUGCGAGCCAAGCCACCUUGACUGUUGCUACUGCAGGCGCGGUGGCGUGCGUUUCCUACAUUGCAGGCGCCCACCUACACGUCGCCAGCACUGGUGAUUGUCAGGCUGUGCUUGGUUCUGUGACGGAAAACAACCGCUGGACGGCAACCAAGCUCACCGAAGAGCACAAUUCGGACAACGCAGCCGAAGUUGCUCGCAUCUUGGCAGAGCACCCACCCAACGAACAAGACACUGUGAUUAAAAUGGACAGACUCCUAGGGCAGUUAGCUCCAUUGAGGGCGUUCGGCGACUUCCGCUUCAAGUGGAGCCGAGAUCGCCUGAGACGCCUGCUAGUUCCCAAGCUCGGAGAUCAGGCCCUGCCGCCCAAUUACUACACACCUCCGUAUUUGACUGCAAAACCCCAGGUGACACAUCAUAGACUGACUCCAAAGGACAAGUUCCUGGUGAUCGCAUCAGACGGGCUUUGGGACUUGAUUUCGCCCCUGCAGGCCGUCCGCCUAGUCGGCGAGCACAUGAGUGGCAAAGUGACUUUGAAUCCCUUCCGCCUCCCCAAGAGCGAAAUGAAACUCAAAGAGGUCAACCAGCUGCUGCUGCAAAGGAAGGAGGGUUUGAAGAUGAAACCACUGGACACAAACGCAGCCACCCAUUUGAUCAGAAAUGCCCUCGGCGGCACUGAGUAUGGAGUUGACCAUGGCAAACUGUCGCAGCUGCUGAUGUUGCCUGAUGACAUGGUUCGUGUGUUCAGAGAUGAUAUUACUGUCACUGUAGUCUAUUUUGACUCGGAAUUUCUCCAAAAAUGUCCAGCCUGAAUCAGUCAAUGAGCUGGAAAUCUAUUCUAACUAAAUUCGAAAAGACAAACAUUUUAAUUUUUCACCAAAACGUGCUGGAACGCGAAAAAUCUAUGUUUUUAUGUAUUGGGAAAACUGAUUGGCUUUUGAAUUAAUCAGCGCUUAAUAUCCAACCGAAUCUAGUACCUUCUGUAGGUGCCGAAGCUUUUUAUCAAAGUCAGUAUGUCCCGUGGUUACGACCAAGAUUGAAUCGACGUUUAUUUAUUAGCUUAGAGUUUUAUUGUUUUGUUGUCACUACAAUUCAAAUAGAGCUACAUAUACGUUCACCUGAUUGUUCUUUGAUAGAAUAGGGUGGCGCCUUUUGUUGUUAAAUAUAUGCCAACUGCGUUGGCUAAUUGCGGAUCAAUUGACCUACCCAUGCUCACGGAAAUAAAAACUUAUGCCUGAAUAUAA